CAGAAUGGCGAAGAAGAAUGUGAUUUUGUAGAAGAAAAGAAGGAAGUGUUGUGUUAAUGUAGCUGGUUAACUGGAUACCAUUGUCUGUGUUUUUUGACUUUAAAAUAUCAGCAGGAUCCACAUAAAGCGAAGAUGAACCUGGAACGCCUGCCCAAUGAGGAGAAACUCAGCCUAUGCAGAAAGUACUAUUUAGGUGGCUUUGCAUUUCUUCCAUUCCUGUGGCUGGUGAAUGUUGUUUGGUUUUUUCAGGAGGCCUUUCUAAAGCCAACCUACACUGAACAGCUCCAGAUAAAAACUUAUGUGAAGCGGUCUGCACUGGGGUUGGUGUUAUGGGUAACAGUACUCACUACAUGGAUUACUAUUUUCCAACACUUCAGAGCACAGUGGGGGGCUGUGGGAGAUUAUCUCUCCUUUACAAUUCCACUGGGAAUUCCUUGAGACAGUUUAUCAUGUCUUCUGAAAUACCAUACUUCAGUUACAAUGUUUUUUCACUAUGUACUUUACUUUUCAUCACAAGUCAGAAUUUGACACUUAUCUUGGAAUAACAUUAUUCCUCAAGGAUCUAGGAUCUGUGUGGAUCUUUAGUUGAUGACUCAUCUGUGUGCUAUUUUCUCUAUAUAUACUCUGAAUAUUUUGUAUCAUUACAGAAGUCUUCUAAAGUCUGGACAAUCACUGGCGCCUUUUGUGAAAUCCAAUAACUUAAUCCCUCCCAUCAGCCAUCCUAUAAGAGUCCUAACAUAAUCAGAGCCAUUUUUAGCCACUCCAGUCAAAGCUUAAGUGACAGGUUCUACAUUACUAACUGGGAGAACAUGUGCCCGCAGUAAAUAACUACUGACCUUACUAGCAUGUGCCAAGAACAAGAAGCAGUUGCAUGUAUAGUACUUUUUGAGUCACUUGGUAAAAUUGUAAAAUAAAGAACCCUUUCAUGGACAUUGUGUAUUGUUUUCAGGCUUGCUGUAUUUUAUGUGUCUGUUUAGAGUGAAGUGGUAGAAAUUAAUGUAAAUGCAUUUACUCAAGUACUGUAAAUAUAAUUUUAGGCACUUCAUCUCAUUGUACUUUGUUUCAGCAGUAAAUUCCUCGUGUGUCCAACACACCUGGCCAAUAAAGCUGAUUCUGAUUCUAAA